GAGUAAUAUUUCAGAGAGAGCAGGACGUUCGGCUUGCCAGCGGCCCCCACUUAGGCGUGCACCGGGAAAGAACGAUUUGAAAAUGGGUGAUGUUGAGAAGGGCAAGAAGAUUUUUGUUCAGAAGUGUGCCCAGUGCCAUACUGUGGAAAAGGGAGGCAAGCACAAGACUGGGCCAAAUCUCCAUGGUCUUUUUGGGCGAAAGACGGGUCAGUCUCCUGGAUUCUCUUACACAGAUGCCAACAAGAACAAAGGCAUCAUGUGGGGAGAGGAGACGCUGAUGGAGUAUUUGGAGAAUCCCAAGAAGUACAUCCCUGGAACAAAAAUGAUCUUCGCUGGCAUUAAGAAGGGAGAGAGGGCAGACUUGAUAGCCUAUCUCAAACAAGCUAUUAAUGAGUAA